GUACUUCGCAGCCAAAAUGGGAAAGGGAAAAAUAGCACCGAAAGAAGCUCCGGCAGACAAUAAGGACACUAAGUUGAAGGUAGCCACAGCAGUGAACGUCCGUCAUAUCUUAUGUGAAAAGCACAGCAGAUGUAUGGAGGCUCUAGAGAAGCUCAAGGCAGGCGUCAGCUUUGACGCCGUCGCAAGGGAGUACAGUGAGGAUAAGGCCAAGGCUGGUGGUUCGUUGGGUUGGCAAGUGAGAGCAGGCAUGGUUGGGGCCUUUCAAGACGCUGCCUUUGCUCUGCAGCCAAGCACUCCUCAAAAACCCACAUACACGGAUCCUCCGGUAAAGACCAAGUUUGGCUAUCACAUUAUCAUGGUGGAAGGACGAAAGUGAAUGCGAAUGGAAGUGAGCUCACCGGGGGCAACGAAGCGGUUUGCGGAAUAUCAAUACUGUAACGCCAAGAUCUCCCC